CUCUCAUCCAAAGCAGAGUCCCCACCAAUCUCUUCCGCUCAGCUGUGGCCCGUCCGUCUAUCCUUCAAGGCGGCUAUAUUUGGUGCUCCUAUCGAUAUAGUAGUAGCGUCCAGCGACGAACCCUCCUCUCCUCCUUGACUCAUCCUCGCCGUCUUCUUCCUCUCAUUAUUACCCCUGGAAACAAUCCAUCCACGACCUUUACCCGCAAAAUGUCGUCCGCCUCAGCAGCAGCAAAGCGCCUCCACGGCAAGACCAUCCUCAUCACGGGCGCCUCCUCGGGCAUCGGCCGCUCGACGGCGCUCGAGUUUGCGCGGACCAACCCGAGCGGCGACCUGCGCCUCAUCAUCACGGCGCGCCGAAAGGAGUCCCUGGAGGAGCUGGCGGCGCAGAUCCGAGACGAGACCAAGGACGGCGUCAAGGUGCUGCCCGUGCAGCUUGACGUGAGCAAGGCGGAGGAGAUUCGCGGCUUCGUGGGGGGGUUGCCGGAGGAGUGGAGGGAUAUUCAUGUCUUGGUGAACAAUGCCGGAUUGGUCAAGGGCGUGGCCAAGGCGCCUGAAAUCGCCGAGGAGGACAUGAACAUCAUGUUCACGACAAACGUCACCGGCCUCAUCAACAUGACGCAGGCCAUCCUGCCCAUUUUCCAGAAGCGACCGGAUGGCGGCCAGGGAGACAUUAUCAACAUUGGAUCCAUUGCCGGCCGAGAGCCAUACCCCGGAGGCUCAAUCUACUGCGCCACCAAGGCCGCCGUCCGAAGCUUUACGGAGAGCCUGAGAAAGGAGCUCAUCGCCACUCGCAUCAGGGUCAUCGAAGUCGACCCCGGCCAGGUCCAAACGGAGUUUUCCGUCGUCCGCUUUUACGGCGACAAGGCCAAGGCCGAUGCCGUCUACGCUGGCUGCGACCCUCUUACGCCGGAUGAUGUUGCCGAGGUCAUUGUCUUUGCUGCCACCAGGCGGGAGAAUGUCGUCGUUGCCGAUACUCUGCUCUACCCCAACCACCAGGCGUCUGCUCUCAUCAUGCACCGCCGACCGAACUAA